AUGUAUAACCCAAUCUCCAAUAAGAUCGAAGAACUGUCUCAAUCUCUAGGAGCUGAUGAUAUAGUUGUAAAGAUCGCAAUAUGCUCCUUUAUUUCAUUCCCAUUAAAUGCAAUUAUGAAGAGAUUGCCGGAUCGCAACUACAAUUUAAAGUGCUGGUAUAUCUUAUUUAUUUCUAGUUUGUAUUUAUUUGGUAUAUUGAAUAAUUUUUCCUGCUUUCGUAGUUUAUUUAUAAGCUCGAUGGCAACUUAUUUAAUUUCUAGAUUCCUAUCACAUUCUAAAUUGAUGCCUUGGAUUAAUUUCUUAUUCGUUAUGACCCAUUUAGAAAUUAACCAUAUCACUUUAACCGAUGAUACUUCAAGUUAUAUUACUACAGGCGCUCAAAUGGUUUUAGUCAUGAAAUUAACCUCCUUUGCCUGGAGUUACUAUGAUGGACAGCAAAAUUCUAAUGCUAGUACGGCAAAAACCUUAACACCUUAUCAAAAAACAAAAAUGAUUGUUAGACAUCCGAGCCCACUAGAAUAUUUAGCAUAUUGUUUUUUCUAUCCUUCUUUACUUACGGGGCCCUCUUUUGAUUUUGUAGAUUUUGAAAGUUGGUUGCAUUUGGAAAUUUUUAAAGAUUUGCCUGAAUCCAAGAAGCCAAAUAAGCACUGGUUUGGUCAUCAAGGUAAAAGAGAAAUACCUAAAAAUGGAUUACUUGCCUCUAGGAAAAUUGUCGAAUCAAUGAUCUGGUUGAUUUUAUUUACGUAUAGUGAUAAAUUUGCACCCCUUGCACCUGUUUUGGCCAAUAACGGAAAGGAUUUCAUUAAAUCGCAUUGUUUCAUAUACAGAAUAUUUUACUUGUGGUUGCUUGGAUUCACCUUUAGAUUUAAAUAUUAUUCAGCAUGGACCAUUGCUGAAGCAAGUUGUAUCCUUUGUGGGUUGGGAUAUAAUGGGUACGACGCUAAAACCGGUAAAAUUAAAUGGAACCGUGUGCAAAACAUAGACAUUAAAGGGUUUGAGUUUGCUCAAAACACGCAUGUAGCACUUGAAGCUUGGAAUCAAAACACUAAUAAAUGGUUAAAGUAUUAUGUUUAUUUAAGAGUAUCCAAGCCCGGUAGUAAACCUGGUUUUAGAAGCACAUUAAUUACCUUUGUUACUUCUGCGCUAUGGCAUGGUACUAAACCAGGGUACUAUUUAACUUUUAUUACCGGUGCAUUCUAUCAAACUUGUGGGAAAUUGUUUAGAAGAAAUAUAAGACCCGUGUUUAUGGAUAAAGACGGGAUUACUCCAUUGAUGCCUAGGAAAAGAAUAUAUGAUUUAAUUAGCUAUAUAGUUACGCAAUUAGCGUUUGGAUACAUGGUCCAGCCCUUUAUUGUUUUGAAUUUGAAUGAAUCACUGAUUAUUUGGUCUACAGUAUACUAUUAUAUUGAUAUUGGUAUAAUUGUUACUUUAUUUUUGUUUAAGGGACCUUACUCAAAAAAAUUUAUCAAAUUUUUGAGGAGUCAUUCAUUGCAAUACAAGCAAGCAAAAAAUAGUAAUACAGUUAUUAAUUAUAGUGCUAACAUGCCAAUUUCACCCGACGCCAUUAAUUUAGGUUUACCAGAUUUGGAUGAAACGAGUGUUGCGGAGGUCAAAAAAGAUUUUAAUGAAUUUAAGAAAGAAUAUAAUGAAUGGAGGGAGAAAAAAGGUUUGGAAAUUGAAGAAGAUAAUCUGCAAAAAGCUUUUGAAAAGUUUAGAGACGAAAUCAAGGGACACAAUGACAAAACCGAAAAAAGAAUGAGUUUUAGCGAGUAUUCUCCAAAACCCAUCAAAGAUGAUUAA